AUGCAAAGACUUACAAGAAGUAGUGCUCCUUCUAUGCCAAAUAAUGAAAUUAUUAUUGUUGGAUAUAAAAACUUAUGUUUUUCAAAUGCGGCAACUAAUGAUGUAUUUGUAAGACCGGACAUGUAUAAAAUUGUUGAAGAAAAUGAAGAAUUUGAUAUAAACUAUAUUAAAGGAGAUACAUGUAAUGUUCCUGUUCUUUUUAAAUGUUCAAGAACAAAAUUAGGUAUCCAGAGCAGCGAAGAAAAUUAUUCAAAUAUUCAAGUAAUUGAAGAUAAUUGUGCUGGGUCAACUAAAUGCAUGGUUGCAUAUGAUGGAAAGGCAUAUAUGAAAGAAAUUUUUCUGUCGGAUAUUAUUGACAAUAUGAAGCUGGAGCAUGGUAGAAGAAAGCAUGUUUACAAUGCACUUUCCAUUUGCUAUGCAUUUAUGGAUUUAUCAACAAAAUUUCAGUCGCCAAAAUUUGCUACUGAAUUUGAUUUAGCAAUUCACAAUUGGCCUGAUAUUUUGAAGAUAGCUCAAACUCAAUUUGCCGGAUCAUACACGGAUUUUCAAAUAAGUUUUGGUGGCUCUUGUAUCUGGAUCAGCAUAAUUUUUGGAAAGAAAACAUGUUGGCUUAUACCACCAACUGAUUAUAAUCUUAAUGCUUAUGAAUUUUAUUUAAAAGAUUCAUCUGCAUUAAAAUUAUUUUUUGGUUUUAUUGCUGAAAAUUGCUGCAGAAUCACUUUAACUGCUGGACAAUCCUUCUAUCUUCCAGCAGGUUGGAUACAUGCUGUUUAUACAGAUGAGGAUACUGUUAUGAUUGGUGGAAACUUUCUCACAAGUGUUUCGUUAGAAACACAUUUAAAAAUUGUUGAGUCAGAAAAUCGCCAAAGAUUAAGAGAAAAAUAUUCAUAUCCAUUUUUCAAAAAUCUAAUGUGGUUUACUGUGGCAGCAAUUGUAACUGAAAUUACUGGAGUAGAAUUUAUUGACAGCGAAAAGUUCAAAAAAUUAAGCUGUGUUGAAAAGGUGGUAAAGAACACAAAUAAUUUUUUCCAAAAAAAUAGAAAAAAAUAUGAUUUUAUCAAACAUUUUUAA